AGAGAGAAGAGAAGACAAAAGAGAAUGCUAUGGACAAAACCCUAAGUUCUCCACCGAUGUAGCUAUCAUUGCAGUCGUCGGUCCGCCGCCAUUGUAGUCGCUGGUUAUGCCGCCGUUGCCGCCUAAAUUCUCCUCUAUCAACAUUAUGGUUUCAGAUCUGGUGGCUCUGUAGCUAUGAUUGCCGCUGCAGUUUCCGCCGCCAUUGCCACUGCAGUUUUCGCCAUCGUUGCUGCUGUAGUUUCUGCGGUCGAAAACUUCUGAAUCGAGCCAUUGUUUCAAAUCUAUUUUCUCCUUCGAGUUGUCGCUGUCAUGCCAAGGGGCAAACGCAUAAAAAAUUCAUUGAAAUUUGUAGAUGAGAGGGAAACCAACAAUGCUUCGCGUUCACUUCAACCUCCAGCACCAGUAGCAUAUGAAGAUACCACUAGUGUAGAGGCUAGUGAGGCUCCUUCUCAAGCCCCUUUUCAAGCCGCUGCAAAUUCCAUUUCAUCUGAUGGAGCCACGCGUUGUUCUAACUCAAAGUCUUCAUCUUCUUGGAAUAUGGAGAUAAUUGACUCUACAAAUAUGAAGAAGAAGGCUAAGAUCAAAGUCAAGGAUGUUUGCAACUUACCUAGAGGAGACCAUGUAAUUGUAGAGGUUGAUGAAGAGGGUGCAGCAUAUGGUGAAGCACAAGGUUUACUUGCUGGUUAUUGUGGUAUAUUAGCAACUAAUGCACAUAUCUUUCCAAUUAGCUUUGAAAAGUGGUCAGGACAAGAAAAUGGUGGCAUGCCUAAGUCUUUCAAGGAUGAGUGCUUUGAUACAAUGAUAAAGCACCACUUCUAUUUUACAAGCACAGAAAAGAUCGCCUAUAGGUAUUGCAUUCAAAGUAUUGCAAAAAAGUGGGCAACAUAUAGGCAAAGAUUGUGGAAUGAGUUCUAUGAUCCAACCAUGAGAAGAGAAGCAUUGGUGAACAAUGUGCCUGAUGAUGUUCCAAGAGAUCAAUGGGCUUGUUUUGUCAAUUAUCGACUAAAACCGUCUACAGUUGAGCUUUGCAUGAAAAAUAAGGAAAAUCAAAGCAAGCAAACCAUUCCUCACACUUGUGGAUCGAAAUCCAACUCUCGGAGGCGACAUGAAAUGUACUUGGAAACGGGAAAGAAGCCUAGUAGAGGAAUGAUGUACAUUGAAACACACAAGAGAAAGGAUGGGUCUUUUGUAAAUAACGAGGCAUUAACUAUAGUGGAACAGAUUGGGCUGAAUAUGACACAAUCAAAUGCACAAUUUGAGGUGUCCCCUAAUGAUGCUGUUGGUAAAGUUUUGGGACCUGAACACUCUGGGAGAGUUCGUUGCAUGGGCAUGGGAGCAGCGCCUACAAAUACUUUUAGGAAUGUGAGAAGUCGGCUUAAUAGGAUGACCAUCUCAACUAAUUCAGCUAGAUCUUCUUCACCUACUACUGUUGCAAUUUUACAGGAAAAAAUCAAUAAUUUGGAGUCUGACUUACAUAAUUCACAGCAAAAGGUCACUAGUCUAGAGUCUAAGUUGCAUCAAUCAUUUGAUAUGAUGAAAGCAUACCUAAUGAUGAAGGAAGGAGGAAUUCCCGAAGCGCUUGUUGGCUUCUUUUCUGCCCGAGAGGCUAAUGAUGCUGAAAGCGAGCCUACUACUCCCUUUGAUGCUAGGAGAUCAGCUGGUGAUAGCAACGGACAUCCGACGACAAAUAUUUGAGCAUACUACUCCCUUUGUUUUAUUUUACUUUUUUUAAAAAAAAUAGAAAUAACUGUGUAGAACAAUACCAUAUGCAAUUAUAUUUGGAACUAUUGACAUUGAGAAUUUUUUAUAUAAAGAGUUAUGUCUUA